GGGUGCAUCUUACCGGUGGGGACACGCUGAUGUGUUGCUGUUUUGCUGUAACGACGUAUUUUAUAUUAGCCAGUUAAAUACACGAUCAUAUACAUAUGUAACGCCAGCUAACGGCAUUUUAGUAAAGGACAAUUACAGCAGAGCUCAAUUAAUUAAGUCUUUCCCGUCUUCUUUGAAGAUCUUAUAGUCUCCCGUUAUGGGAGAGACGCGGAGGUCAAGCGGGCGGGCUGUCAACAAUGUUCGACUGAAACCUUGCUGGUGUGGCUGUUCUAAUGUUUGACAAGCUAGCGAGCUAGUUCUGCUCAACACAUCAUUGAAACAUGCCAGGGAAAUUGAAAGCCAAAAUUGUGGCGGGCCGCCACUUGCCUGUAAUGGACAGAGCCAGUGACCUGACAGAUGCUUUUGUAGAGGUCAAGUUUGGAAACACAACUUUUAAAACGGAUGUCUAUCACAAAUCACUCAACCCACAAUGGAACUCAGAAUGGUUCAAAUUUGAGGUUGACGACGAAGACUUGCAGGACGAGCCCUUGCAAAUCACGGUGUUGGACCAUGACACGUACAGUGCCAACGAUGCCAUAGGGAAGGUUUACAUUGACAUCGACCCUCUGCUGUGCAGCGAAGCUGCCACUGUCAUCUCCGGCUGGUUCCCCAUCUACGACACCAUACACGGUAUCCGAGGGGAGAUCAAUGUCCUGGUGAAGGUCGACCUCUUCAACGAUCUGAACCGCUUCCGACAGUCCUCCUGUGGCGUGAAGUUCUUCUGCACUACGUCCAUCCCGCGCUGCUACCGGGCGGCGCUGGUCCAUGGCUUUGUGGAGGAGCUGGUCGUGAAUGAGGACCCAGAGUACCAGUGGAUUGACCGCAUCCGAACCCCGCGCGCCUCCAACGAGGCCCGGCAGAGACUCAUCUCCCUCAUGUCCGGCGAGUUGCAGAGGAAGAUAGGUCUAAAGGUGUUGGAGAUGGGUGGGAACGCGGUGGUGGGUUACCUUCAGUGUUUCGACCUGGAGGGGGAGUCGGGACUGGUGGUCCGGGCCAUUGGGACUGCCUGCACGCUGGACAAACUCAGCUCUGGAACUUCAUCCAACACCAACACUAACACACACACACACCCAAACACAGCACCAGCGUCAAACGCUUGCAACUCUCCGUCCAAAGACAGCAAAGAGCCCGUGUUCAGUGAGGACCCCCCCUCCUCCUCUGCCCCCCCCACCCCUCUCAAAGUCCUCCCCUCCUCCUCUCCUCCGCCCAUGUCUCCCUCCAAGCCAUGCAGCCGCCAGUCCUCCUCCUCAGACACUGACCUCAGUCUGACGCCCAAGACUGUGAGGACCCGGCCGGGGAUAUUCCUCAGUCCCAGCUCCCCGUCCCUCUCCUCCGAGUCCCUCCCCCUGCCUCUUAUUGGGCCAAUCGCCCACGGCCUCAGGCCUGUUUCUAGGGUCACCAGUCCGCCCCCCCUCUUCUCCGUCCAAUCAGACUCAGCCGUGAUGAGAAAGUGUGUGUCGUUCAGUGAGGAUCUGCUGCUGGCGGCCUCCGGAAUGGGGAGUGGGGGCAGCGCUGGGAAGGAGGCGGGGCCCCUGAAGACUCUGUUGAGGCAGCAGACGCAGACGGCUCUGGAGCAAAGGGGAGCCGCCUCCUCUGGUUUGUUGCUAAGUGCCGGGGAGUUCCCCUUCUUCACUCUGACCUGUUUCCCCCCCGGUUUCCUGAUCCACGCGGGGGGCGUGGUCAGCGCGCGCUCCGUCAAGCUGCUCGAUCGCAUCCACAACCCAGCCUUGGGUAACACGCGCUCAUACAAACUGCUAGACUGGAAUAGUGUCACCGCAGAUGAGCCAGAGACUCGUGAUGCGUGGUGGGAGGAGAUUCGCCAAGAGAUCAAGUCUCAUGCCAAAGCCCUGGGCUGCCAUGCUGUUGUGGGAUACAGCGAGAGCACCAGCAUCUGCGAGGAAGUCUGCAUUCUCUCAGCAUCGGGUACAGCCGCCAUCUUGAAUCCACGGUUCAUGCGCGAGGGCUGUCUGGACGUCGGUGGAAGCGACCACAGGUUGUCACGGCAACCCGCCCCUGUCAUGGGGGGGUCGGACAGGGUCGAGGGGGAAUUUAGCUCAGCCUGGCUGGGGUUUGAGGAUUCAUCCCCCACUAGCUGUGGCUUCUGUCAUAUCCCCUAUGAUGAACUCAACAUGCCCUUCCCCGCCCAGCUCACCUACUGUUACCAAUGUCGACGGCAGAAGGUUCCAGACGUGCUCUUCACAACCAUCGACCUGCCAACGGAGGCUGCUGUCAACGGGAAGGGCUGCCUCAUACAGGCUAGGCUGUGCCGUCUGAAGAAGAAGGCCCAGGGGGAGGUGAACGCCACGGCCAUCUCCAACCUGCUGCCCUUCAUGGAGUACGAGCUGCACACCCAGCUCAUGAACAAACUCAAGCUGCGCUGCAUGAACGCUCUGUUCGGCCUGCGCAUUCAGAUCAGCGUGGGAGAGAACAUGCUGCUAGGCCUGGCCUCUGCCACGGGUGUGUACCUCACAGCCCUCCCUGCCCCGGGGGGUAUCCAGAUAGCAGGCAAGGCGCCUGGAGACCUGAGCUACGAACAGCACAUCGCCACCAUCCAGAAACGCAUCAACGACACCAUCGCCAAGAACAAGGAGCUCUACCACAUCCACCCGCCGAAAUUAUUUGCGCUGGACCCUGAGGCAUUCGGCUGCAUAAACAUGGAAGUGACAGAGGAGGUGGUGGGUUCUCCUAUCCCAGAGCCCAGACAGAGGUCCCGCCUGUUCCGCUCGCAGUCCGAGAGCUCUGACGAUCUCUCUGAACUGGACCUGUCCCACGGCAAGAAGGAUGCCUUCGUGCUGGAGAUUGACGACACUGAUGCGGUGGAGGACAUCCACUCCCUCCUCACUGACGCAGCCACACCCACAGGUUUCUACAGCUGUAACACUGAGAUCAUGCCUGGGAUUCAAAACUGGACUGGCAGUCUACAGAUGUUUACGUCCGUGCGGGUCUUUAGGUUAAGCAAUGCCAAUUUGACCAACCAGGGCCUGAAUAAGACCUUCAUUGACCUGUGUGAGAACCUGCUGAAGAGUCUGUACUUCAAGCUGCGCUCCAUGGUGCCCUGCUGUCUGUGCCAUCUGAACUUCACUGUAGCUGUGCCAGAGGAGGAUCUCAUACAGGUUGCGGUGACGGCGGUAGCGAUGAGUUUUGAUAAGGACCAGGCUCAGGAGAGACCAGGAGUGGACAAGACCAUCACCAAGGGGAGCGCAGAGACCGAAGAGCAGUUGCAGUUCUCCUUGGAGCUGUGUGCCGAGUCAUCGGCCAGCAACCAGCCUCCAGGCCGAACCUCAGGUGUCACAGACAGCGGCAACGCCCACCCGUCGUCCAGAGCUCCCUCCGUUGAUUACGGUUCCUUUGCAGACAGAUGCAGCACCUGGCUAGAGCUGCUUAGGCUGAAAGCUCACACCAUAAGACGAGGAUCAGUUAAGACAAGUUCCUGGUUUGAUCCAAGCGGGAGUUGCUACUUCUCGUCAUCAGAGCGCUGCAGUCCUCUACCAGAGGGGCGUUCCCGCUCGCUGCGCUCCACGCGCUCAUUCGGAGGCGGGUCGGUAACCGUGGUGAAGAUGACGCCGCUGUCUUUCAUUCCCGGGACCCGCAUCGUUAAAUACCUUGGAAUCAUCAACAUGUUCUUCAUCAGAGAGACCACAUCACUACGGGAGGAGGGUGGUGUGAGCGGGUUCCUGCACUCGUUUAUUGCUGAAGUGUUUGCAAUGGUCCGGGCCCACGUAGCAGCACUGGGGGGCAAUGCAGUGGUCUCCUACAGCAUGAAGGAGUGUGUGUUCAUGGAGAACCCCAACAAGAACCAGGCUCAGUGUCUCAUCAAUGUGAGCGGCGACGCCGUCAUCUUCGUCCGAGACUCCGACCUGGAGGCCACGCCCCCUUUGAUGAGCUGUGUACAGGUCUGCAGCAGUGGGACAGACGGGACCACAUGAGACGUCUCACACACACACACACACAUACACUCUCACUCUUCAUCUAAUGUAGACAAUUUACAUUGUAAGACAUACAAUUGAGUCAGUCCAUCCAAAUAAGUGUAAUUGAUGGUUGCCUUAAACACAACUUCCAAAGAAAGAUUACAACCACAAAUGUCCACCAUAAAAACAUCACAUAUGCACACACAAACAGGAUAUGGGGUCAUCCAGAGUGGGGAUUUUAUGCGCAGUGAAAGUGUUUUGUACUGGAGGCUUUGGAAUUCUGUUGUAUUUUAAGAGCCUACUAAUGCUUUUAAGUUUAAACUACAAUAGCCAAACACUAUGUAACUAAAUCUACUCCUCUCUUUACCUUUCUGACCCAUCCAUAAAGGUCUCACUCAAAGUAUUAUGGAGAUUGUUUGCCAUCUUGUCUGUGUUAACUGUAAUGUCCACCUUCAUUCCACUGGUAAGGCAUUAGGCAGCUACAAACAAUUGUUUCUCCAUCCUCAAGCCUCAGAAGUCAGCAUUCAGCCAUGGUAAAAGGGACAGCUGGGGUCAUACUAUCCAUUAACAGUAAGUUGUAGAAUGGCAUUUAGGUUUCAAAUCAACCUAAUGUAGUCCUUUUUGAAGUGGCCAGAUUUGGACCCUUGCCAGUCUGCUGAGUGUAUUGUGCUUGUCUUGCGAUGACAUGAGCGACCAAGUACCUGCUCAGUUGUGCGAGAAGAACUCAAGUUAGGGCUGACUAUAAGUUUCAGAAAAAGGGUUUUGGGGGGGAGGGGCUGUCUGUAAAGACGAGGACUAAUCUCUAUCCAUUGUGGCGUCAUGGAGCUAACACAUUGGAAUGGGAGUCGAUGUCCGUAGAAAUACAAAUUCCUGGCCACUCAAGAUGGCCUCUUUGGGUACUAACUGGAAUGUUGCUUCUGAUUAGGUGAUGGCCUGCCAUUAAUCUCAAGAUAUGUUGCUGUCCUAUAAACACAACUAAGUCUGAUGUACAGAGAACGUUUGAAGAUAUUGUAUUCUGUUCACCUACAAGCUUAAAUUUAGGUGUUGCAAUGACUUGGAUCUAAUCUUAUAUACUACUGAACUCACUCAAUCAUGUCAUAAUGCUGGAACCCCUUUUGUAGGGUAGUUUGCCAUAAGAUUUGUGUACAGUCUAUGUGCUCUGAAAAUCAGAUUUGAGUAUUUUUGUAACAUGAAAUUAUUACUCUUUGCUUGUGCAAUUAAGCUUUGGCUCUCAUUGUGUCAGGAGUAAGUGGUACUUUGUUCUUAUUGUUUGUGAACAGUCUUUCUGUACGUAAAACUUGAAUGUACAUACUUCUUAGACAUUUCUCCAGACGUACAAUGUGUUGCUUUGUGACUAGCAGCAUGCUGACCAUUUAUAUUGCCAUAAUUCUCUCUGGUGAAAUUUGCCUGUUAAGUCUUGCUAAAUAAACUGAAGUUAAAACCAAGAAGUCAUCUGUUUUUAUGUAA